AUGGAUACUCUUCCACCGAAUCAUUUUCUCAACCUCCAGCGGCCGGAUGCCUUCGUGCCUACUAUUGCAGGCACGCCUGACACAUCGACGCUCGCCGCCCAUGAUUUCGACGUCGACACGCGCACCGGAUUCAUGCCGCCACAGCCCCCGCUCGCUCGUCUCCCCGAACCAUGGGAGCCCUGGGAAGCUGCGCUAGACGACGCAAUCACCAGCGGAUUGCAACUAGCGGACAAGCCAGACUUGUCGGACGAGGAUGAGAAGAAGUCGGAACGAUGGCGUAAUUCCGUCCGUGAGCUUCCGAUAUUGUCCAUCACUGAGCUGAAGAACUCGGAAAUUCUGCUUCGGCGCGCGCACCAUGUUCUCGCAUGGGUGAUGCACUUCUACGUACACACCAUGCCAAGUACAAUGCGGGAGAUCCAUAUACCACCCCCUGUCACUGUCCCCCUACUCCAGGUGUGCGCGCAACUGCAGCUGCCACCAGUCCUGACCUAUUCGGAUGACGUUCUUUACAAUUGGGCGUUCAAGACCCCACUCGCGACGAAUGUGCUUUUCCAGCCCAAGGCAGAAUUGCACAACCUGCGCUGUCUGACGCUCUUCACCGGCACGCGCGACGAAGAGGAGUUCUACCUCUCCUCCGCGCGCAUCGAGCUCCGGGGCGUCGAGGCGCUCUCGGUUAUGCGCGCGAUCAUGGACGAAGCGUUCGUGGGGGACGAGAUCGCGCACAGACGUAUCACAGACUACCUCCGCAUACUCGCGGACGUCAUCAAGGACAUGCAGGCGCUGCUCGCGGCCGUGCGCGAGGGCUGCGACCCGACCAUGUUCUACAACCAGAUCCGGCCCUGGUUCAAGGGCGCCGACUCGGACACGCGCGGGCGGAAGUGGGUCUUUGACGGCAUCGAGCUCGAUCCGACCCUCGAGGAGCCGACCGAACUCUCCGGCCCGAGUGCCGGGCAGAGUUCGCUCGUCCACGCGCUCGAUAUCUUCCUUGGGGUUGACAGGUACUCCCACUCCGACUUCCACGGCCAAGCGCGACCUGCCUCUGCCUCUGCCUCUGCCUCUGCCUCUUCAUCCGCUCCACCCCCCUCGCCCCCGACGUCAACAUUCAGCUCGGCGCCGGUCCCGCCCAAGGUUCCCUUCCUGACCCGCAUGCAGUCAUACAUGCCGCGCCAUCACCGCGCGUUCCUCCGCCACCUGCAGGCGAAUCCACGCCCUCUCCGGACGCUUGUAGAGCAGACCGAGAACGAGGCAUUGCGCGAGGCAUACGACGUUGCGGUCACGGCGCUCAAGGAGUUCCGCGACGAGCAUGUGCGCAUCGUCGCGCUGUACAUCCUCAUCCCCUCGCGCCAGGCACACACUGGAGAGCCUAGCCAGGGUGGGCCAAAGGGAACAGGUGGCACGGACGCGUUCCAAUUUGUGAAGGGGGUCAGGGAUCAGACUGCUGGUGCGCUGUUAGGCCGCCCAACCCAUUAG